AUGGCUUCUCUAGGUGCCAAAUUGAGGUUCGUCGUCACUGCGGGUGUUGGAUUCUUCGCAGAUGGCUAUCUUAAUCUCACAAUUGGACUCGUGGUACCAAUCCUCGGAUAUCUAUAUUUCCAAGAUGGCAAAGUUCCAGCAGUUGACAGCGACAUCAUCAAAGGUGGCCUAAGCCUAGGCAUGGUUGCUGGCCAGCUUUUGUUCGGAGUCUUGAGUGAUGUACUAGGCCGUCACACUGUAUACGGCAAAGAGUUGCUCCUUACUAUGCUGGGAACUUUGAUGGUGAUUCUGCUGCCUUGGAAAGGCAUGUCGGCCCAGUCUGUCACUGCUUGGGUAGCUGUGUUUCGUGUUCUGACCGGUGUUGGAAUCGGUGCUGACUAUCCGUUAUCUUCAUCUCUGUCCGCAGAAAAGUCACCAUUUGGCUCCCGUGCCGUGCAGGUGUUGACGGUGUUCUCGAACAUUGGCCUAGGCAACAUUGCAGCGAGCAUUGUGUUCCUUGUACUUCUCAAGGCAUUUGAAGGGUCUAUAGCUAAUGACUUGAGCCGUCUCGAAUGGGUGUGGCGACUACUAUUGGGGAUUGGAAUUAUUCCUGCACUGUUCACUCUCUAUGCUCGCUUGACAAUUUCAGAGACUGUCCCCUAUAAGCAAUAUGUCUGCGACGAUGCUGCCGGACAAAGACGUGGGUUUGCAGAACAGUGGAAGGACUUUCGCGAAUACUUCAACGAAGUCCGCCAUGCAGAAGUGCUAUUUGCCACGGCUGCUUCCUGGUUCUUAUUUGACAUCGCAUACUACGGUAUCAACCUCAACCAGAGCAUCAUUCUGACAAAGAUCGGCUAUGCCAAGGGCGCAACACCCUGGCAGACCCUUUACAACACCGCCGUGGGAAACAUUAUCAUUCAGGCUGCAGGUUUCCUUCCUGGCUUCUAUGUCGGUAUCUUCCUCCCAGAUCGCAUCGGCAGGGUGCGUCAACAGUUCUACACAUGUAUCAUUGUGUGCAUUCUCUAUGCCAUCUGGGCGGGGAUUAGCACACAAAGCGCACAUACCCCCACAGCCGGCUUGAUGGUCAUAUUUGCGCUCUCACAAUUCUUGUUGACCGUUGGUCCUAACUGCACGACUUUUCUAAUCCCCGCCGAGGUGUUCCCGACUCGUGUUCGAGGCACAGCACAUGGCAUAUCAGCCGCUGCCGGAAAAUGUGGUGCAAUUCUUACUGCGUUUGCCUUUGGAACUGUUGAAGAUGCGAUCAGCCUGGAGGGUGUUCUUGGUCUUUUCUCUGGUGUCAUGCUUCUCACUGCCCUUGUGACACUUAUGAUACCGGAGAGCAAGAAUCAUACCCUUGAUGGUAUCGAAAGGGACGAGCUUUAUGGUGAAAGAGCAGCUGUUGCAGAGUUAUCAUCAUCUGAGAGUGUUGCAUAUUUCAACGACAACGGUCCGAAGGUCUAG